GUUACGUCUGACCGUAAAAAAUAGAAACUUCCAAGAUGGCCGAGUCCGUGGACUCCAUGCAUUUCGCAGCAAACAGCAAAACAAAUUCCCCUAAACCCCUGAUAGCCAAACGGCCGCCGGAGAGCCGACCGCAGUCUUCCAGCGACAUUUACCCACCGCCCCCCAAGAAGGUCCGGGUGGAGGAGAAGGGCCUGAAGCACAGGAAACUGAACGGAGAGGUGUGCGCAGGGGAAAAACACAACGGGAAGCAGAGUUGUGGGAGCCCAGCGAAAUGGAGUUUCGGCCCGGCCAAGGCGAGCCACUCCACCGCCGCCGCGGUGCCAGCGACCCCCGCUCGGAAAAUCUUCAAAAUCAGCAACUUCCUCGCUUCGCCUCUCAAAGUGAAGAAGGCGAAAGAGAAACGACACAAGGAGAAGGAGAAAAGCGGCGAAGCGCAGCGGAGCUCCGCCGCGGGUGUGGAGAGAGUGAGCCCAGCUAGCUGCCAUACAAAGACCGAGAACGGCGACGUGAAAAUGCUACAGAGAGAUCAUCGUGUGAAGGAGAAGGACAGAGAGAAGAAAAAGAAUAAAGAGUGGAAAAAUCACAAAUUGCCACCUGUGCAUGACAUUGCAAGAGAAAACGGAGAAGUGAUUUCUCCACAGAAAGAAUCUAAGGAGAAGCCCAAAGCUGGUUCAGAGGAAGACCUUCUGCUGAAGAAACUCAAGAAGAAGAAGAAAAAGAAACACAAAGAUGGGGAGCGGGUGAAGGAGAGGUAUAGCCGACCCAAAAUGUAUCAUCGCUCAUGCCAGACGGUGUGUUCAGGAGUGUCCCUGGGUCUGCCUGAGUUCCUCAGUCGAAUUAAUGGGAACAGCAGCAUUGACGGCAGCGGUCUUCUCCACACCAACACUGCGCCACAACAACACCAUCAGGAUCCUCCUGUUACUGCCACUACCUCUGCCUCCAUCUCCUCCAUGGUCAUGGACAGGCUUGCCUACAGCUCCCCGCUGCACUGCACUCCAGUGCCGGGCCUGCCCGGUCUGGAGUUUGGUCAUCUGAUCCACAUCGAGCAGCAGGCCAAUGGAGGAGCGUCUGUGGCGCACGCCUAUAGCGAGCAGCUUUCCGCUCUGUCUCCAGCCGAGAUGCAGCGCUUCGCCCAGGAGUUUGUGACCCUGUCGUUCAGCGAGGACGGGGACCAGGCUGCCUGUUUCGUGAUGGGAAUUAUUCAUGGAGCGGCAUCCUACCUCCCAGACUUCCUGGACUACUUCUCCUACAAGUUCCCCAAUGCACCAGUGAAGAUGGAGGUGCUCGGGAAGAAGGACAUAGAGACGACAACCAUGGCCAACUUCCACUCUCAGGUGAAGCGGACAUAUUCCCAGGGAACAUACCGUGCCGGGGCCAUGCGGCAAGUAAGUCUGGUUGGAGCUGUGGAUGAAGAGGUUGGAGACUACUUCCCAGAAUUCAUCAGCAUGUUAGAGGAAUCUCCCUUCCUGGAGCGGACUCUGCCCUGGGGGACGUUCUCCAGUCUGCGGCUGCAGAGCCCCACUGAGAGCGACGACGGCCCCAUCAUGUGGGUCAGACCCGGAGAACAGAUGAUCCCUUUGGCGGACAUGCCAAAGUCACCCUUCAAAAGGAAAAGGUCCACCAAUGAAAUAAAGAACCUGCAGUAUCUACCCAGAGCCAGUGAGCCCCGGGAGAUGCUGUUUGAGGACCGGACAAGAGCCCACGCCGAUCACAUCGGUCAGGGGUUCGAGAGACAGACUACUGCUGCUGUGGGUGUGCUGAAGGCCGUGCGCUGCGGGGAGGACAGUGACGCUCCUGCCAGGAUCACCAAAGAUGUUGUGUGUUUCCACGCUGGAGAUUUCCCAGAUGUGGUCAUGAGGCUGCAGCUGGACCUCCACGAACCUCCGCUGUCUCAGUGUGUACAGUGGAUCGAUGAUGCCAAGCUGAACCAGCUACGGAGGGAAGGGAUCCGAUACGCCCGUAUCCAGCUCUACCACAAUGACAUCUACUUCAUCCCCAGAGGAGUUGUCCACCAGUUCAAGACUGUGUCGGCUGUCUGCAGUCUGGCCUGGCAUAUCCGACUCAAACAGUAUCACCAACACGAAGAGAAGGAGGAGGAAGAGGAGGAGGAGGAGGAGGAAGAGGAAGAGGUGAAGGAAGAGGAGAAGUGCGCACAAGCAGUCACACUUCCUAUCAAGGAGGAGGAGGAAGACGAGGAGGUAGAAGGGAAGGAGUGUGACCGUGCUACACAGAAAGUGACGAAGCCAGAGGAGGAGGACACUGAGGGAAUGGAGGCGCCGUUCCCACAAACUCUGACACAGAUUUUCAAGGAGGAAGAGCAAGAGAACAGAGCUGAGAUGAAGGAGUCAUCAACGACACAGUCUGUAACUUUUGUCAAGAGGGAGACAGACGAAGGUGUGCUCACUCAUACACUAAAGGAGCCUAAAGCUGAGGAAGAUGAGAAAGAGGAAGGUAAGGGAGGGGGAGAUAGAGGCGCAGACACAUACCAGACUCAGCAGAAAGGCCAAGAGGAAGGUGGAGUGGACAGUGCAUCUUUAAAGUCGCUACAGCAAAUUAAGAAGGAGAAUGAUGUGGAGGAAGAGCGGCAGCAAAAGACAACUCUGCCAGGUCAAGGUCUGAAAGAGAAAACUAAAGAUAGUAUAACGACCACUUACAACACAUCACCAAUCAAAAAGGAUAAGGACAAAGGAAAAAGAGAGAAAGAUGAGAAGGAAAGGGCUAAGGAGAAGAAGGACAAGGAUAGGAGUAAAGAGAAGGAGAGGGAUAAAAAGGAAAGGGGAAAAGACAAGGAUAGAGAGAAGGACAGGAUGAGAGAGCAGGAAAAGGUUAAGGCGGAGGGAGGAAGAGAGGGUAGUGCAUCGAUGCAGCCUUUGCCACAGAUAAGGAAAAAAGAGGACGAGGAGCGGACAAGAGAGGGCAGCAAAGCCUCUCAAACUUCCCUGCCCGCUCAGAGAGACGAGAAGUGGGCCAAGGAGUGGGACUCAAAGACACAACCCCACAUCAAGAGAGAGAAGGAGCACGAUAAAGACAGGGGAGGCACACAAGCAGCGUCUCACCCGCGGCCAGACAAAGAGGAGGCUCGAGACGCCUGUUCACAUAAACACAAGUCUUCGCAUGGGAAGAAGGAGAAGAGCGGGCACAGGGAGGGCAAGGAGAGCAACCCGGCAAGUACGCAAGGAGUGCAGGCAAAGACAGGGAGAGAGGACGGGAAAACGAGCACUCCCAAACCUGCGAACAUUCAGGCUAAGAAGGAAGGAAAGAAGGAAAAAGACGUCGGCAUUAAGGACGAGAGGAAGAAGUCGUCAUCUGGUCCCACGCCACCAGAACAUAAACAACCACGGACACUCAUCACCUUUGACCUCUUUAAGCCGAUGGAGGCUCACCAAACUCUCGCUCUUUCCUUCACAGACAGUAGACCUAAGACCCACCAUCACAGUGACUCUCGAGGCUCUUCGUCUAAGCCUGGAUCUGACAGUCGGACAGUUGUGCCCUCUAAAGGACCAAAAGUAAAAGACUCGGUGCAGGGAAAACCUGCCACACCCCUACAGGACACUCGGCCACAGCAGCACUCGUUAAAACAGCCCCUGAAAACACACAUGCCCCAAACACAGAAAGACUUCUUAAUAUGA